UCGAGAGGACCUCCUCCAGCAGCUUUAAACUGCUCCACCGCCACACCAGCGACAUUUUGGGGGCUCGGUCUCAACCCCUCUACCUGUUAUUCCUCAGAUCUGUCCCCCAAUGUUUAACUAAAAGGAUAUUUGUCUCUUUUCCGGUACGUGGCUUCGGAAGCUGAGCGCACACGAGGAGCUUGUUGAGCCGAGGCUGUGCUGCCUUCAGUGGGCGGAUAAAGAGAAGGCAUCCGGGCCUGGGAGCUCCACAUUCAAGUCAGUGGGUUGGAGCGACGGAAUUCAACGUUUUCAGGUGGCGCAGUGCCCUGUGAUGGAGAAGAUGAAGCGGUUUAAGAAGCGCUUGUCGUUAACGCUUCGCUCGAGUCAAACCAUUGAUGAAUCUCUGUCAGAGCUGGCCGAACAGAUGACCAUAGAGGACGGAGGCACCAAGGACAAUGAGCCCUUCAUGAGGAACGGUCGGCCCCCCACGUCCCACAGCAUGCACUCCUUCCUGCACCAGUACACGGGCUCCUUCAAAAAACCUCCACUCCGACGACCUCACAGCGUCAUCGGGGGAACGCUGGGUUCCUUCAUGGCCAUGCCCCGAAAUGGCAGCCGAUUAGAUAUCGUGCAUGAGAACUUGAAGAUGGGCUCAGAUGGAGAGAGUGACCAGGCCUCGGGGACCUCUUCAGAUGAGGUCCAGUCUCCCACGGGAGUCUGUCUGAGGAACAGGAUCCACCGACGCAUCUCCAUGGAGGACCUGAACAAGCGCCUGUCCCUGCCCGCUGACAUCCGAAUCCCUGAUGGAUACUUGGAGAAACUUCAGCUGAGCAGUCCUCCCUUCGACCAACCGCUGAGCAGACGGUCUCGAAGAGCUUCUCUGUCAGAGAUUGGUUUUGGAAAGUUGGAGACCUACAUUAAGCUAGACAAACUGGGAGAGGGUACAUAUGCCACAGUGUUUAAAGGGCGCAGUAAACUCACUGACAACCUGGUGGCACUAAAGGAGAUUCGACUGGAGCAUGAAGAGGGAGCACCAUGCACUGCCAUCAGAGAAGUGUCACUACUGAAGGACUUGAAACACGCCAACAUCGUAACGUUACAUGACAUCGUCCACACAGACAAGAGCCUCACACUCGUCUUUGAAUAUUUGGACAAAGAUCUGAAGCAGUACAUGGAUGACUGUGGGAACAUAAUGAGCAUGCACAAUGUGAAAAUUUUCUUGUUCCAGAUCCUACGAGGUCUGUCUUAUUGUCACAAAAGGAAAGUCUUGCAUAGAGAUUUGAAGCCACAAAACUUGCUAAUCAAUGACAGGGGGGAGCUCAAACUGGCUGAUUUUGGUUUGGCUAGGGCGAAGUCUGUGCCGACUAAAACAUACUCAAAUGAAGUGGUGACUCUGUGGUAUCGACCUCCUGAUGUUUUACUGGGAUCGUCUGAGUACUCCACACAGAUCGAUAUGUGGGGUGUUGGUUGUAUUUUCUACGAGAUGGCUGCAGGUCGGCCAUUGUUUCCGGGUUCCACAGUAGAAGACGAGCUUCACCUCAUCUUUAGGUUACUGGGCACCCCCACGGAAGAGAACUGGCCUGGAAUCUCAUCCAUUGAAGAAUUUAAAUCUUACAACUUUCCCAAGUACAAACCUCAACUGAUCAUCAACCACGCUCCUAGGCUCGACGGUGAAGGCAUUGAGCUACUACUGUCUUUUCUCAAAUAUGAAUCAAAGAAGAGGAUUUCUGCUGAAGACGCCAUGAAGCACUCGUACUUCAGACAGCUGGGAAUGAGAGUCCACAACCUGCCAGAGAAUGUUUCCAUAUUCACAUUGAAGGAGGUGCAGCUUCAGAGAGACCCAGGAUACAGGAACACUGGAUACACAGACUCAAACAACAAGAUAAACCGGAGACAGAGCAUGUUGUUUUAAAGAUCUCCAGUCUUCAUCUCCUUCUGGACCAACCUGUGUCGCAUGAGCCCAGCUGCCCCCUACUGUUCCCAUUCAGUACUACACCCCAGUACCCCCCAGUACCACAACACACUCACACAGACACACUUUAUUUAUUGGGAUGGGGUCGAAUUGCUGCUAAAAUACUACUGUUUGUAUUUAACAAACUUUGUGCGUGAACAUGAUGUGAACUGUCAGUUUACUAUUGUCCUGCUCCUACACUGAUUUAUGAGGUAAAUUUUAAUUUUUGAUGUUGACGCUGUGACCAAGUUGUUGUUUAUUGUUGUCGUUGCUUGGAAACAGUUUCUCCAUUGUUAAAUAUGUAAAUGGAUAUGAUAUAUAUAUAUUUGAAUUGUAUGUUUUUUUUGUUUUUUUUCUCUGAGCUUCCGUAACUGAACUCUGAACCACGUUUCCAGGUGAAAGGCUAAAGAGGACAGGGCUCUUCUUCAUGUAGUAAUUAAAAAAAUAAGGUUAUUUUGAAUUUUGGAUGUUUUAUUUGUGUUCAACAUUUCAUCAUGGACUCUAUACUGGCCUCUGGAGGACAAACUUAAGUGAUUUUGGAUUUAGGGGUGUAUGUGGUACUUGUUUAUAGAUGGCUGUAGUAGGUUUAGUUGAGCACAAAUGAAGUCUAGGGAGUUGGUCAGAAAAAAAUAAUUUCAAUUUCUUUGUUCUCAAUCUUAGUGGUGCAAGCCAUGCCUCUGAAUGUACAUGUUGUAUAGUGAGACUGAAAUAGUUUAUCAAUAAAUGCAAUUAUUAUUACAAUUUUGUUAAUUAAGGGCCAUUUGUUUAUGGAUCUCAAUGCAAUGUGAUUUUGAUUAGUAAUAUAUUAACUUGUAUUAUAUUAACUAUAUACAAGUACCACAUACCUUUCAAGAUUUCAAUUUUAUUAUUUUGUUUGCGAUCUAUAGUGGAACAUAGCACACUCCAUUUUAAAGCAAGGGGACCAAAAUUAACAAGAAGAGGAAACAGGAAGUCCACAGUCCUUCUUUGAAACUCCAGAAACUGCCAGGACUUUGUUGCUUUUGUUUAGAAUUUUUUUUUUUUUCAUUUUUUGUUGAAUAUUUCACUGCAGUAACUUCUAACUUGCACUCAUCGUUUUUGUUCAUGUUUGAAUCAGGGACUGAAGAUUACUCGACAGUAUUAGGACAGUUUUGACCUCUCCUUUUGAAAAAGUGUCUUUGAGGCAUGGACUUCUGAAAAAGGGAGGAGAGGGGAGGGGCAGGGGGGUGAAAUGGUUACAAAAGAGAUUUUCAAAAUGUCAGUUUGAAAUUUUACAUUCAUUCUCAACUGCUCAGAAAUCUCCCUUUACAGCAGACAUUUAUUCAAUGAAAAAUCUCCUCAAGUCAUGAUAAAGUUAUUAAGUUUUGUAGCCAGUAUGUAUUCAUGAAUUUGUGUUAUGGGUACCAAAAUAGAUUUUUGAUUUGUCCAUUGCCUGUUAAAUAAGCUAAAAUUUUCUAUGCAGUUUGAAAGGUUGUGCAAAUAUGUUGUUUGUAAUAUGUUGUUGUUGAUAGGCAUAUGGACAGUUUCAAAACUUCAAUGUAAGCUUUAUGCUCAGACUAUGAAAAAAAUGUCUUUUCAUUUGAGUAGCCUAGCUUUGGCAAAAAGUUAUUUAGAAAAACAAAUACAUUUAGGUUUGAUAAUGUAUUCAAAAAACAUGCUAAAUAAUUAAAAUUGACUAUCAAAAAUCAAUCUUUAGAUCACCUAAAAUCUGGACAUUGGAAAUAUAUAGGCGUACUUGUAUAUUUUUGUUUUGAUAUCUUUUUUCUUUUAAAACUACAACUGUCUGUGAAUGAUAAAAACACAUGUUAGGUGUCUGCUUCAGAUACUGUUUUGCACAAAAAUAUAUAUUUUUGAUUAUGGUGAACCAAAAUAAUGAACGAGACUUGAGGUGAUUUUCCAUUGUAGAUUACUAAACCUUUCAUUUAUUGAUAUUUGAGCUGAACAGUUAAGAUGCACAAGUCAGUAGAAGGACCAAUUAAAUGCAUAUUGUUUGUCAGUUAAUAGCACAGGCUUAAUAAUUUUGAUGGCAUGUAAUUCAUAUAAACAAUGUACAUGUUUGUAAGCAGUGAUAUGCAUAAAUGGAGAUUUCUGCAGUAGUAACCUUAUGUUUUUUCCUUGUAAACUGUAUUUUUAGACGUCAAAUGAACGGUUUUGGUGUGAACUCAAAUGCGAUGUGAGUGAAUGGUUGUUUCUAAUGCAUGGGAAGCCUGCUGUUGUGACCCUCUCGAACACUGAGCUGGUGAUGUGACUUUUUACUGGAACUAUUUAUUUCUCAUAACCAUCAAAAGUAAAUUUAAUCUGUUUCAUAAA